AUGUCAGCAUUCUUUCAAUCUCAGGAAUAUACUCCACUUGAAGAAGAAGAGAAUGUUACUAGUCUAGACCUUGAUAUUGACAUUCCAGACCUGUUCUUAAAUCACUUAAAAGCAAAAGCAACUGGCUCAACUACAGCAGGGUUUCCAUAUGACUCCAAGUUUGUUAGAGCUCUGCUGAAAGACGUUCAUGUAAUGGCAAUAGGAGACUCGUUAAUGCGAGGUAUUUACAAGGAUCUGAUUGUAAUGUUACACGGAGGUGAACUCAUAGAUGAUGGCAAUUUGAGAGGCAAGACGGAAAACUCAUUUUUCGGCGACAGACAGAUUGACUUUCUUCCUUUGGAGAAGGACCGCGUUUUUCGACAAGCACGAGAAUACCAGACAAACUAUUACCUUAUUCAAUAUCUUUUCACAACAAGAGUAAUGAAAGAUGACGUGGAAACCGCACUUUUGGAAUUAUGCUCUGCCAACGAAUUUCCAGACGUUUUGCUUAUCAACUCAUGUCUAUGGGAUAUAACCAGGUUGGUCUAG